AUGAUGGCUGAGAGCUUAGAGUCCCGCAAAUUCGACCGCAACCCGAUGCUCGAUGUUGCCCUACCUGUUCGAGUGAAGACCCGCGAGAUCCCUACGAGUACGGAACCUGAAGAAAAGAAGGCCGAGGGGACUGCGAACACCAUGGCGUUCUCCCUUCUGACGCGGUUCAGCGCCUCAGUCACGCAGCUCCUCCACCUCAAGCUGACCAUCGGACCAACGACUGGGACGGGCGAGUGA